AUGUCCGUGCGCCUUAACCGCUUGAAUCGGCCCCCAAUCGCCACCUGGAGGAGCAACAAGAGCUACCAGGCCCAGAACAACACCAACAACUUUGCCCCCCUGCACCACAUCAUCCGCACCGCCGCGGCAGCAACCCAAUCCGCCGCCGCCGACCUCCGCGACAAGGCCAGCGAAGCCGUCCAGUCCGCCCAGCAAGCCCUCACCGACACCGCAUCCAACACCCCCCUCCUCGCCAUCGACAGCAACAUCAACCUCGACCUCGAAAAAGCCAGCAGCCCCAAACCCCACAAACCCCACAAACCCACCCAGCACCGACCCAAAUCCCAGCCCAACAACAACAACACCACCACCCUCCCAGCGGUCGGGGCCCUCCCCAAGAACGCACAAGACCAGGAGGACAUGUCGUUCGCGAUCCCGAAAAAUGUCCCCUCCUUCUCCAACCCCCAACGCCAACUCGAAGACCACGUUUGGGGAGCCUCCCAAUCUCGGCAACGCUCUGCCGCCUCCCUCGUAGGCGGCGUGCAAGACUUUCUCGGCGGCGGUGGCGGCAGCAACAGCCGCGCCGGCCUGCCCAUGUACAAGGACAAGCCGUACAUGUACCCCCCCGGCGGCGGCGGUCUGCGCGGCCAGGAUGAGUUUCAUCCCGAGUCCAAGACGGGGAGACAGAUGGCGCCGAAAGGGUUGGGGUGGAUCAUUAUCGACUCGCUCGACACGCUGAUGAUCAUGAACUCGACCAAACGGCUGACGCACGCCCGCGAGUGGCUGUCGACGGCGCUGACAUGGGAUCAGGACCAGGAUGUGAAUACAUUUGAGACGACCAUCCGCAUGCUAGGAGGAUUGCUGUCGGCUCAUUACUUGUCGACCGAGUACCCCGACCUCGCACCCAUCCCGGACGACGACCCUGGGAAACCGGGAGAGGACCUGUACCUGGAGAAGGCGAAGGACUUGGCGGACCGGCUCAUGGCGGCAUUCGACUCGCCUUCUGGGGUGCCGUAUGCUAGCGUCAACCUAGCCAAGUACAAGGGGAUAGUCUCGCACGCCGAUAUGGGCGCGUCAUCGACCGCCGAGACAACGACACUGCAGUUGGAAUUGAAGUAUCUCGCCAAACUGACCGGCGAGAAGGAUUACUGGGACAAGGCCGAGAAUGUCAUGAAGUUGGUGGACGACAACGGUGCCAAGGAUGGCCUGGUGCCCAUCUUUAUCUACGCUACGACGGGCAAGUUCCAGGGCGAGAACAUCCGGCUUGGCAGCCGCGGCGACUCGUACUAUGAGUACCUGAUCAAGCAGUACCUGCAGACCAACAAGAAGGAACCCAUCUACCAGGAGAUGUGGCGGGAGGCGAUGCAGGGCGUCAGGAAACACCUCAUCACAUACACAGAACCCUCCCAGUUCACCAUCAUCGGCGAACGGCCCAGCGGUCUGGCCGGCGCACUCUCCCCCAAGAUGGACCACCUCGUCUGCUUUAUGCCCGGAACCAUCGCGCUGGCAGUGACAGGCGGCCUUACCGAGAAAGAAGCUAGGAAGCUCCCUACCUGGAGCAAGCAAGACGAGGACGACAUGCAACUCGCGCGUGAGCUAAUGCACACGUGCUGGGGCAUGUACAAGUACAUGGCGACGGGCCUAGCGGCCGAGAUCACCUACUUCAACAUCGGUAACCCACACCUCCCAGAAUCAGCCCCGCACAAGGCGCCCGAGGAGUUCGACCCCGACCCGGAGGCUACCUGGCGCAAGGACUUUGACGUGCGGCCCGCCGACAACCAUAACCUGCAACGGCCCGAGACGGUCGAGAGCCUGUUGUACAUGUGGCGCAUCACGGGCGACGUGCGGUACCGCGAAUGGGGAUGGGAGAUGUUCAAGAGCUUCGCCAAUUACACGGCCGUCGCCGACAACGGCGGCUUCACCAGCCUGUCCAACGCCAACAAGAUCCCGCCCGUCACGCGCGACAACAUGGAGAGCUUUUGGCUGGCUGAGACGCUCAAGUAUAUGUAUUUGCUGUUCUCGCCCGACGACCUGCUGCCGCUGGACAAGAUUGUGCUCAACACCGAGGCGCACCCGUUCCCGCGUUUCGAUAUGGGGCCGUUGUUUUCGACAGGCUGGACGAGGAAGCCGAGAGAUGCGGAAGGGAGGAUCGUGGAGUAA